AUGGCUGCCCUUGGAGGACAGAUGAACAUCGUUUCUUACGAUUCCACUGACAGUGAUUCAAACAGUGACAGUGAUUCAAACAGUGACAGUGACUCAUCCGAUGACCUUGAAACAGAAACACAAAAGUCACACAAGGAUCUUUCAAAGACACCGCUACAAAAGGGAAAACUACCUCCUCCAAUGCUGGAAGGUUCUGAGAAUCAUGGUAAUGGAAUGGCAAAACAUGACAAUAACAGUGACAAAAAUUGUGAAUCUUUCCGACCAUCAAGUAUCUAUCACAACCCUUUUCUUGAAGAAAGGAAGAGCAAAAUAACUGUGCUUUCUAAACAUGUAGCUUUAUCUGAAACAGAGAAAACAGAUAAAAGAAAAGAUGAACAUAAAAAUAAAGUGCCCAUUUGCAGAAAGUUUCAACGUGGUAAAUGUCGGUAUGGCGAUAAGUGUAAGUUUUUACACGUACAAAAAGAACAAAAUAAAAUGGAUAAAAUAAAAAAGAAAAGAGUGUUUGAGAGAAAUAGAAAAAGGCCUAACCUUGCCUUGAUUGGUGACCUGGAUGGAAUAUUUGAAAGUGAUGAUGAAACAGAAAUGAAACAUAUUAUAAAGAAAAAGCGUCCUGGUUUAAAUGACACUCUUGUGCCAUCUAAAAAGGCAAUUCAUAUGUAUAAAGAGCUGUCUAGAUAA